ACACGCUGCGUGUUUAUUUAUUUAUUUUCAGCAUUCAAAACUAAAAUGGCACUAACAUGGGAGGACAAGGAGGUCCGGUUCGACAUACCGUACAUGGAAAUGAGGUUGAAGCUGGGGGAGAAGGUUAUAGACCGGUUGGAGAACAUUGAAGAUACAAAAGGCAACGGCGGCGACAGGGGCAGAUUAAUUAUUACGAAUAUUAGAGUGUUAUGGCACUCUGUUAUAAGUCCCAGAGUUAAUUUAUCGAUCGGAUUUAAUUGCAUUUUAUCCAUAAGCACAAAAAUGGUAAACUCGAAAUUGAGAGGGACAACCCAAGCUCUUCAUUUAUUAACAUCCUCAAACAACAGUAGAUUCGAAUUUAUAUUCACGAAUCUUGUGCCUGGGAACAUGAGACACUUCACUUCCGUCAUUGGAGUACACAAAGCAUUUUUAUCGUCGAAGUUGUACAGAGAGUUAAAACUUAGAGGAGCUGUGAUUCAUAACAAACAAUUAAAAAUACUGCCUUUGGAACAAGUGUUCUCUACUUUGCAUGGCGUUUGGAAUCUUAGCAGCGACCAAGGAAGCCUUGGAACAUUCAUAGUCACCAACGUCAGACUCGUUUGGUUUGCUGAUAUGAACGAAGCAUUUAAUAUUUCCUUACCUUAUUUACAAAUUGAAAGUAUAAAAGUUAGAGAUUCCAAGUUUGGAACAGCUCUUGUGGUGACCAGCUCUGAAGUAAGUGGAGGUUACAUUUUGGGUUUUAGAGUUGAUCCUGAAGAGAAGUUACAUAUUUUGUACAAGGAACUUGUGUCGCUCUAUUCUGUUUAUACAACAAAUCCGAUAUUUGGUGUCGAAUACAAAUGGCUCAACAAGCAAGAUGAUGCUUCUAAUGAUAAAAUUAUUGAUGAUUUGGAAGAAAUUUCAGAACUUAAAAACGAAAUGAGCAAUACUUUGGCUGUGUAUUUGGCUGAUGAAGGCCAUUCGAAAGAUAGGCCCCCAAUUUAUUCGCCAGAUCUUGGACUAGCUGUGGAAACUGUUAAAGAUGGAUUUACAUUGCAGAAACUUUGGGAAGUACUACCUUCAUAAAGUUGUAAAUAUUAAAAAAUAAAAUUAUACUUACUUGUAAUUUGGAUUAUUUUUAACAAUAAAAUCAGUGCAUAUUUUA